UGUCUUUUCACCGUACCUGGUUGCAUACUUUCUGGUGCCUCCGAUAUCGCCUUGCCCGACCCGGCUUGUGGUCUUGAUCCUCUCACUAAAUCUCUCCUCGGCCCUGUAUAUAUUGUUGCUCGUGUCGACAAGGUGCUUCAGGGGGGUGGGCCCCUUUCUGCUCUUGAAAAGUACUCCAAAGUAGCUGCCAGUGGAAGUUCGAUUUCGAAUUCAUGCUACAACGAGCUGGACUCUGGCGUUUCAACAGAUUCGUUAAAGAAAUCGUCCUCAAUCUCUUCUGUUGGCACUAUCAUGGCCUCUAGUGGGGAUGCCAGAUCUGUCUCUCCUCAGCAGCAGUCACAAAACUCCAUGAUCAGCCUUUCUUCACAAAGUUCCAACACUAAUGAUAACGAACGUAGUCAUACAAUGACAUCGGGUUCAGGAGAAACACGUCUCCAGUUACAUCAUUUGCAGCGACAGAUGGUACAAGAGACGAAGGCAGCGGCCGGAGUCCACAAAACUAUGAUGGCCUACUGUCGAAACAUCCCUUAA